AUACCAGCAAUACCAAAUAUUGAUUUAAAUUACAAACAUCUUGCAACAAUAUACAUUUUUUUGCGCAAGGCAAUUUCUUUUUGUUUCAACUGUCUGAAGCAUAACUUUUCCAACCUUUUAACCUUCUUACCUUCUAUAUUUAUACAGCCCAUGAACACACAUUUGGUUUAUAAAGACACUGGAGUUGAGAAGGUGCUCAACUUCUUAUUUGUCAAUAAUAAUAGAUAACAAAGCACACAUUAUUACACUUACGUUCUGUUACUUCAAGGAGCACGGUGUUUGUGUUUGGAUAGGAUGGAGUUGUGGCACCACAAUUAUGUGUGCAUGAGUUGCGUCCCUUGGUCAAGGAUCUGCUGCUUUCGUAUUUUGACCUGAGUUCAUAUCCUCGGGCUAUUCCUAAAGGACAUGCCUGCAUGAUAUACAGCUGAAACUCUGAGGUAAGCAUUACUUGCUUGGACACUGAGAUAAAACUGAUAUUGCUGGAACUCGAGAACACUAUUUCAGAAGGUAGUACCAUUGCACAAAUCAAAAUGACAAGCACAACUAAAGUGAUCCAUUAAAUCAAAAGUUGGACUUCCCUUACAUCAAAUAUACAAGCAAAUUGAAUCAAUAUUAUAUUUAGCAGCAGUUUUGUCUGUAUAGAUUUGUCUUGUUCGCGAUAACGUAUUUUGUAUUGGGAACACGCAUACGUAGUAAUAUAUAACUGCAGUAUUAAAGCCCCUACAAAAGUACAUUUUCUUAUACUGAACAUGUAGCAAAUACCAUAAAGAAAUGUUUAUUGUUUCGUGACUUAUAGACAAAUUCAUUAGAUUAGAAUACGAUCACCUCAGUAUGAUUGUGCAUUGGGGAACACAUAUAAUAUCAUAUCAUCUCAAACUUAUAUUUGUCGCAUGGCAGUCUGAUACACAACAUUACAUUACAUUACAAGUAUUAAAUCGCUGCUCACAAGAUUUUAAACAUGAGUGGAUGAAAUGGGUUUAAUCAUCAUUUCUACAUCAUAUCUGUGGUUAUGGCGUUCGCUCGUUACGUCGAAAGCCCAUUUCUGGUGUCUCCCGCCGUGAUAUUGCUGGAAUAUUGCUAAAAGCGUCGUAAAACCAUACUCACUCACUCACUCCCUCACUCAGGUAAUUGAUGAGAGGGGUGGUCGCAAAGUGUAUCAGGUCAUAGAACAUUUAUCAUAUAUUUCGUCUUGUUGUCGUAGGGAUGUCAGUGUGUGUUGAUACAUCACUCGUCUAUCACACAGGUGGUGGUCCGGCUAUCUGAUAUGCUCACUGGCGGUCCCAAUCGGGUAAACAACGGACUUUACCCUGAUGUUGAAAUAAGUCAUAUCGUGACAUUCACGUUGUCAUAUUAUACUGAUCUUGUCAUUCGAGAGAUGUAGGUGGACACAGGAGACCGUCAUGAACAUACAUUGUUUCGUUACAGUAUGUGUCUUGUUGGGUGGACCUCUCGCCUCUGGUGCAGGGGAAGCAAGCUGCGGCGUACCUCUCGUGGCAACUUCUGCUGACAAGACAUUUACCUCGCCUGGGUACCCAAACAUCUACUUCCAGAGACAGUCGUGUACCUGGACUAUUACAACAGAAAAAGAAAAUGAAACCAUUCUAUUGAACACCACAGACUCGGUACUUGAGAAACCCCCGUCAGGAGGACUUUGUGACAAGGACUAUGUCACUGUAUAUAACGGUCAAAACAGCUCUGACGGACUCGGCACCUUCUGUGGUAAUCAACAACCCGUAUUAUCCAGCGGCGGGAACUCACUGCGUGUCCAUCUACAAACUGAUGACAGAAACAACUACAAAGGAUUCAAAAUGCAGUACAAAGCUGUACCUGCAACAACCUGCAAUGUCACGAUGACAGCAGGAUGGAGUCCAAUACAGAUUGUUUCCCCUGGUUAUCCCAACAACUACCAAAGUGGCUUAGAUUGCCAGUGGAUUAUCAGUGCGCCGUAUGAAUCUAACAUCAUUGUUGAAGUUCUGUUUCUUGACAUGGAAACAGUGCCAUCAUGCUUGAAUGAUUUUCUACUCUUCAAAGACGGCACUACAACCUAUGCUUCGCAACUGGCAAAGAUCUGCGAAGCUACACCUUCUCCGGUCAUCAGCACCGAUAACAAAAUGACAAUCAUAUUUCACUCAGACAGUUCUGUCACAGGACGAGGCUUUCGUUUGCAGUACACAAAUGAAUUCACUUGUGGAUCAACAGAUCUUCGCGCCUCACUGAAUACAGAGAAGUAUUUGAACACUCCCGGCUAUCCUAGAUUCUUAAACUUCAACCUGCAAUGCACGUGGACAAUUUCUGCACCUGUUGGAUAUAGAAUACAAGUCGAACUUGUAUGUCUUUAUUUGCAACAAUCGACAUCGUGUGUACGUGACUAUCUUCUCUUCAGUGACGGUUUAUCGUCUAACGCCGCUGAAUUAGGGAAAUAUUGCGGUUACACCACUGAGCACGUCAUCAACUCCAGCAACCACAUGGCCAUCACCUUCCACACAGACGGCUCUGCCAGGAGAAGAGGCUUUUCUAUGAAAUAUAAGGCUGAGAGAUUCCUAACAACAACCACAGAGACACCACAUAUAUAUACAUGUGGGACUCCAAUGCUCAGCGCCUCCGCGUCCAAGUGGAGCCAUUUGUCGUCUCCUGGCUACCCCAGCAACUAUGAAAACAACGUAAACUGCAGCUGGGAAAUAUCUGCACUUGUUGGAAAUAAAAUAUCCGUUGAAAUUGUGACCCUUUCUGUGGAACAAUCGACAUCCUGUGAAAAUGACUAUCUUCUCAUCAGUGACGGUUCAUCGUCUAACUCUGCUGAAUUAGGUAAAUACUGUGGUUCCACCACCGGGAACAUUGUCAGCUCCAACAACCACCUCACCGUCACCUUCUACACCAAUGGCUAUGUCAGAAGAAGAGGGUUUACUUUGAAGUACAUGGCGAUUCCGUCAGGGUGUGGCGAUAACCAAGUGAUUGGCUUUUAUGAAACAACAUAUAUUGAAUCACCGAAUUAUCCGAUGUACUAUCCAAAAAAUGCGAACUGUGCAUGGACAAUAAGCACUAAUGUUGAAGGUUAUGUGAUCUAUGUUGAAGCGGUAUAUUUCAACCUUGAGGGUGACGCAGCGUGUUCCGACUACGUUAAACUCUUUGAUGUCUUUGGAUCAAAUGAACAAAUGAUCGGUCGAUGGUGUGGAUUCGGUGGACCAAAUACGAUGGGUACAGGGAUGGCGAUGAGGGUUCGAUUCCACUCCGAUGGUUCUUCUUCCUACAAGGGUUUCAAGAUGGCUUUCACUGCCGGCAAGCCACAAUCUGCCCCUUCGUUUGCACCGAACUGUGGAGGCAUAAUUGGUGGCAUAUUGGGUGGCAUCGUGGCUGUGGUUGUAGCAACAAUUUGCUGCUUUGCGAUUGGCAUCAAGAAAAAGUCGAGUACCAACGACCAGUCGCAACGGUACAGAUCAGAUGGAGCCAUCGUGACCAACGUCUUUUCCGUCCCCAUUCACAAAAACACGGCAACUACAGCUACUACUCAGCUUAAGCCUCCCCCAGCUUACACUGAGAAUGUGAAGGAUGACUUUAGACUGUACUGUCAGGCAGUUCGACCAACAGAUAUACAGCCUCUUGUGACGUCAUCCCCAAGCCAUGCAUCUGCAUAUCAAGGGAUAGAUAAUCCAGCAGGGCCUAGAUGAGUGACUUAUGUUUUCACAUGAUGUAAAUGUUUUGUAUUCCUGGAAUAAAUGGAAAAGGUUG